AUGGAUUCAACAAAAUCAGAGAUUAGUAUGGAAGAGUUGUUAGCACUUGGUAGUUACUUCAGUGGAAACAUCCCAGAAGACAGUGCUGAGUUUGAGCAGGAAGUGAUGGCCUAUAAGAUCUAGGACUGAUGAGGAGUAUAUAGUAACAAGACCAUGUAAGAAGUUCAUAAGCAGUGCCCCACAAAGGAAAAGGGGAACAGCACCACAGUGGAAAUACUCAGAGCGUCAAAGGGAAGCGGCCGAGUUGAUAGACCUAGCCUAUGACAGACUGAGAGGAACACCCGGAGUGGCGGAGUUCUCAGGUGGUACAGCGAAGACAGACUCACAGAUCAUCCAGAGGGAAGUAGAAAAAAUAAAGUCUGAGCGGGACCAAGUGGUACCGAAGAAGAGAGGCAGACCUCCAAAGGCCAAGGUAGAGGAAGAACCCAAGAUACCGAAGAAGAGAGGCAGACCUCCAAAGGCUAAGGUUGAGGGAGAACCAAAUAUACCAAGGAAGAGAGGCAGACCUCCAAAGGCCAAGGUUGAGGAAGAACCUAAGAUACCAAAGAAGAGGGGUAGGCCACCGAAGACAGUUGAAUCACAUAAGACGAUAUCCGAACCAAGGGCAACAGUGGCUGAAAGACUACUGAAGCAAAAGACAGUUAAACCAAAGAGACAAAGUGUAGCAGAUAGGUUCAAAGCACAAAGACUUGUGAGACCUGUCAUACCUGCAGAUAGUGUGGUAACAAAGGUGGGGCCUGGUAGGUACAACAUAGAGGUGAACCUGAACAAGAGACCAACUAGGAAGGCACCUGAUGUACCAAAGGGUGUGAAACCUUGGAGACCAGUACCGAAGCCGAGGACAGUGUUCCCCAGGGAGAGGCCCAUACCGAAGCCUAGAACAAAGCUCCCUAAGGAAAGACCAGUACCGAAGCCCAGGACAAGGCUCCCCAUACCCGAGGCACUGGUAAGGGUACGUAAGCCUGUAAAGCAAAUGAAGGAAACCGAAGGGCAACCUCCAGUGGUGAGAGUUGAGGAGCACGAAAUAGAUCCAUUCGGGACAGACCUCCAAGCACCCGGCUACAGGAAGAUAGAGACGGCAGCCAACGGGGCAGCAGUGACGUACUCAAUAGUAUCACAAUACAUGGAUCCACUAGAUCAGCUGACAUCGAGUAGACAAGUGGUGAGAAGUAUACUGAUGAAUGAGUUGAGGAAACUAGGUGGGAUAAAAUACACAGAGACCCUGAAGGUGAGGAUGUCAAAGGAAGUAGGCAAUGGCAAGACAAGUAAGGACUCAAUGUACUUCAAGUCUAAGACAGGAACUGUAACAAACCAUGAGGACAUAGAGAAGACGGCUGCCUUUAAUCAACAAACAAUACUCAAUAGAAUUGAAACAUUUCAGAACCUUGGGAGUAACUGGAUAAUGAACAUCAAAAGUCAUUACAUUAAUAUCGCAAUGUAUAAGCCAUUAGCCGGUAGCUCAUACAUGGAACUCCCUAAGGACAUUAAAUAA